AUGCGAUACCUUUUGGAGAAUUGUUUAUUCCUUUUAUUCAUAUUUAUCAUUUCAUCAGUUGUUGCUGAGCGAAAAUUUCAAAUUAUUUGUGCCGAUAAAUCAUUGUAUUGCAAACGAAGAAGCAAUUUAUGUCAAAGUAAUGCAUUUCGUAGUGUCAUGCAAUCACUUUGUAAGAAGACAUGUAAUUUAUGUGAGGAUAAUCGAAAAGAGGAAAUAGUUGAAAAUGAUCAACACGAGAAUGAAUCUGAUAGAGAAAUUGUAGACAUGGAAGAAGAUGAUGAAGAUAUGGAUAAUGUUGAAUAUUCUGAAUCCGAAACAACAACUGAUCAAGUGGAGGAAGAAACGGAAGAAGAAAUUACGAAAGAGCCUACAACUAUACUGUCUACAAUUAUUCCAUAUUCUACAACAAAAAGCAUCAAGAAAACUGUAUGUAUGGAUUCAUCAAUAGAUUGUGAAGGAAAACGAUAUUUAUGUAGUGAACGGAGAUAUGCGCAAUUAAUGAGUAGAGAAUGUCCAAAAACAUGUAAUUUAUGUCAGUCAGGUACAACUAUUAACGGUGUAACGCAGAAUGGUAUGAAUAUAUGGAAAUGUCACGAUAUAGCAUAUGAUUGUAUCCAAUCGUUAUGCAAUCAUCGAAGUUACCGACAACUUAUGCAAACUGUUUGCAAGAAAACUUGUUUGUUGUGUUAA